AUGAGCGGCACUCAGCAGACUGAUGCAAAGAGACAGCACCUCCUGGAGAGGCUGCUGGAUGCUGUCAAACAGUGCCAAAUCCGCUUCGGAGGAAGAAAAGAGAUUGCUACAGACUCUGAUAGCAGAGUGAUCUGUCUGUGCGCUCAGUUUGAGGCCGUGUUGCAGCACGGUCUGAGGAAGAGCCGAGGACUGGCCCUCACCGCAGCAGCGCUCAAACAGGCUGCAGGAUUCAGCAGCAAGACAGAAGGAGAUUUGACCUUCUGGUUCUACGUGAAGGAGCACUUAAAUCGCCACGAGCUGCAGCGGUUCUACUCCCUGCAUCAGAUCUCCUCGGAGCUGGGCCGGGGCCGGGCCUGGCUCCGCUGCGCCCUCAACGAACACUCGCUGGAGCGCUACCUGCACACCCUGGUGGCCGACCGCACGCGCCUGAGCACAUAUUAUGAGGACUGGUCUUUUAUUCUGGAUGAAGAAAGGGCGAGUAUGCUCCCGACGAUGGCGGCAGGCUUGAACUCCAUCCUGUUCGCCAUCAACAUCGACAACACAGACCUGAACGGAGGCGUGACCCGUGGGGGCAGCUCGGCAGUGUCCAACCUGCUGAAGGAGUCCACACAAGGCAUCGGCAGUCUGCUCAAGGAGUCCACGCAGGGGGUCAGUAGUCUGCUGCGGGAAAUCAGCACCGCCACCGCUGUAGUACCAGGAUUCACCCCUAGAGGAGACGGAGGCUCCGACCCACUGCCAGUCCUGCCGAGGAGCACCUCUGCCGACUCGGGCCUGCGAAAAGAGCGACGCAAGAAGAAAAAGGUCACCAACAUCAUUUCCUUCGACGAUGACCUGGACGGAGGUGCAGAGGAUGAGGAGGAGGCCGAGGAGGAGCACAAGAGCCUGAGGCAGAGUCACACGGCCCCCGCCCAGCCUCAGAGCAGCGUGGAGGAGGGCAUCGACCCACUAGAGAACAGCUACUCUGCUUUUCCUGCCCACAACGGAGUCUCGGAGCCGGGGAUCGGGAGCUGGGUGGGCUCGCCUCACGCCCACAGAACCCCCGCCAUCAACACGCCGGCCAUCAACACGCCCGCUCUGCCCGACAGCAAGAGCCUGGACAACGAGGAGGAGGAGGAGGAAGAGGAGGCGUAUAAGUCCAGGGUGCAAGAGAGGGAGGAGAGGAUCUGCUCGGAACAACUGGUGGUGGGCAGUCUGUCCAGCGUGUCCACGUGGAGCCCCCUACAGGCGAUGGUAGCACACAGCAGCUCUGACAUCCUCAUUCCAGUGAACCCUACUGACCCCCAACCAGUAAGUUCUGUGGAGGAUUCGGCUGCAUUUCCUGCUCAGAGCGAUUCCACCAUCGACAACUGUGAGAGCGGGAGUCUGCAGCUAACGUUCAACCUGGAGUCCACCCCGCCGCAGCCUGCUCCCAUCUCCACAGCCCUGCCCUCGUCUGCCUUGCCGGAGACGAUGUCAGUGGUGGAGCUCCGCCAAGCCAUUGUAGCCAUGAUGAAUCGCAAAGAUGAGCUGGAAGAGCAGAACGCGUCUCUUCGGAGUUUGCUGGACGGGGAGAUGGAGCACUCUGCCGCGCUCAGACAGGAGAGCGAGCUGCUGAAGAAGAAGCUGACGGAGAUGGAGGACCGACACGAAGCCAAAGUCCAGGCUCUGGCCAGGUGA